UCGCUUACCCUGGUGCCCCCUCCUCCUGUCUACCUUUUAUAUAUACUCGUAUUUUUCUGUACACUUUAGAACCCUAAAAUUAUCUGUAUCCGCUCGCUUGCUCGCUUCGUCGUAAAACCCUAUCUCUCUCAGUCGCUCUCCUUUUUUCUUCAUCAAAUGGAGUUCUGGGGUGCUGAGGUCAAAAGUGGACAGCCACUAGCUGUGGAGCUGGGCAUGGAGAAGAUCUUGCAUCUUUCUCAGGCCAAUAUUGGUGAGGUUAAGAAAGAGAAAGGCCCCGAAUCUAUUUGUUUGUACGUCACUGUUGAUGAUAAAAAAUAUGUUCUUGCUACACUCAACACUGAGAAGCUGCCACAGCAACAAUUUGACUUGUAUUUUGAGAGAGACAUUACAAUAUCACACAACUGGAAAAAUGGAAGUGUCUACUUUCAUGGAUAUGUGGGUUCAGAUGAAAUGAGUGAUGAUGAAGAUGAUACAGAUACCGAAGAACCUCUCCAAAUUGAAACCAAAGCAGCUAAUGGCAAACCCCUUGCCAAUGAAAAGAAUGUGAAACCUUCCUUUGUCGAAAAGGAAGAUGCUGCCAAGGGUUCUGCUGCAGGUAAGAAGAAGGUGAAAAUUUCGGAACCCAAGAAAGGAGUGGAGGAUGACAAAGAAGAUGAAAGCAGUGGGGAAGACAAUGAAAUGGAAGAUGAUGAUGAUGAUUCUGACUCAGGAGCAUCAAUUGAGGAUGAAAGUGAUUCUGAAGAAGAGGAUUCUGAAGAAGAGGAGGCACAGGAAACACCGAAGAAGGUUGAAAGUGGCAAGAAAAGACAGCCUGAAUCUUCUGCAAAGAAAACACCCGUUCCUGCCAAAAAAGUCAAAUUGACUACUCCCCAGCAGAAAACUGAUGGGAAGAAGGGUAAUACACAUGUAGCUACACCACAUCCUUCAAAGAAAACUGAAAAGACACCUCUUGCUCAGAAGACUCCAAAAUCAGGAGGUUCCCAUCAAUGCAAAGAAUGCAAUAGGACUUUUGGCUCUGAAAGUGCUCUGGGUUCCCACUCACAAGCCAAGCAUAUUGCUGGAAAGUAAAUUUGACCCCCAUGCAGAGACAGGAGUAUUUCUAGGCAGUCCAAGACUUCUUUGUUCCUGCGGUUAUAGUAUUAAUAGAGAGAGGCAGUUUAGUAUGUUUUGGUUCCAGCAACUCUCUUUGUUAGUUCUGAUUUUGCUAUUUGAGGGGUAUUCAAACUUUUAUAUCAAGUUUUGUUUUGUUAUGAUGGGAGGUGAUCGAUCAAGUGAAUGACUUUAUUCCAAAGCAUUUUCGUCCUUGCUUUUACGUAAUCUAUAAUUUAUUUUACAUACUGGCAAUGUAUAUCUGUAUAUGUAGACAACUUAGAAGUGCAGGUGAUGAAGAUGUGAAAUUAAGAGCCCGUUUGGAGAACUCUGUUUUCGGCUUAUCAGGUUUAUCAGCCAGCUUUUUCACCAAACACGUAACUUUUACUUUCGCGCGCUGAAUUGUGUAAUAAGCCGAAAAAGUAAGGUUGGAGUUACUUUUCUGGCUGUAUUGGCUGAAGUUACUGUGGAGGACCAUUUUAGCUAUUUUUACAUAUAAUUUUUUCUUUAAUUUAUUAAUAAAAUAUAUUUUUAAAAUAUUUUUUUCUUAAAUCAGCAGAAUCAGCCAAAACAGCCACUCCAGUCAGAAUAUCAUAAAUUUCAACAGAAUCAGCCAAAACAGCCGAUUUUGGUGCUACCAAACGGGCUCUAAAUUAAUUUACUCGAG